UUUUGGCAUCACCUUUUAUUUGCUUUGCAUCAUAUUUUGUGUCCAUUUGUUUUGUGUGUCACCUUACGUGUCCCUGCACAAGUGUGUGUCUGUGAUUCACAGUGCUGAGCAGGAUCAGACAAAGAGUCCUGUUGUAUCAAAUGAAAACACACGGCUCAUGAGAGACACAAACUGAAAACCACUGAUUUAUCUCCUGCUGAUUGAUUCGUUCUUUCAGAUGCACUGAACUGGAGCUUUUGGCCUUCAUCAGCCAAAAUGAGUCAUCAUCAUCAUCAUCAUCAUCAUCCUCAUUAGGACGGGUGCGGCUGCUGCUCUUUGCUUUUUAAAUCUCAGCAGACAUUCAGGUAUUUCAACACCAACGCCUGAGACUUGACAGCUCGGCUCAGGAGAACAAACCCAGACCGGAUGAACCUGACGUGUGAAGCUCAUUGGUGCAGAGGAGGAGAAACUCCUCCUGGAGGCUCACGCUCCAUGUGAGGUGUGGCUGAGGGAGUGUGUGUCUGCUACCUCCUCACCAACCUGCCUCCUCCUGUCAGACGACUCUCUGCCUUCCCUUGUGCACGACUCAACGUGAACCGUCACCAUGCCUGAGAACGCAGAGUCCCACUCUGUCCAGCUCCCCACCAACCGCACCUGCACCAUCGAGAUCACCAACGUCAGCGCCAACUACUGCCUGGUCAACCCCAAAGUUCACAUGGACAUGGGUUUUUCCUACAGCCCCCCCCAGCCCACCGUGCGCACCACCAAGACCGAGGUGUGCUCCUUCAUCAAGGACGACAACACGGCCACCGGGACCGCCGGCGUCCUGACCUACGAGAUGUUCCACAUGCGCAAUCGCACCUGCGUGAAGAUGAUGGCCAUCAUGUUCUCGGUGCCCUUCGACUACACCUACUACAAGAACUACCUGGGCAUCGGCUUCUUCGACAAAAAGCGGGAGGGCAAAGAUCUGUUCAAAUACAUGUACAAUAACAAAGAGUUCCCAGAUUUCAUCCGCCAAGAGGCCAACGGCAGCGGGCUGAAGUACUGCCCUGACAGUGAAGCAGUGGAAGUGAGGGGCUGCAUGUGUGAUGACAACAAGGGCAUCGUUAAAAUCGAGUUGUACGACAGCAUGAGGAAUUGAGUUUCUGCUCCUGUGAGAAUGAAGAGCAUCAAAUGAGAAUAAACGAUAAAACACAGUUGAAGCUACAUAAUCCUGAAUAACUACCAACAAUGUGUGUGUCGCUCCUGUUGUGUAACGGUGCUUAUCAUGAAUAAAAAACAUUCUGACCAA